AUGACUAGCGAUAAUAAUAACAUAGACGAUAAUAAUAAUGAUCAUACAUCGGCAUCACAAUCAACAACAUCAAUAUCAUCGUCAUCAAAUGCAACAACAAACAACAAUGAUAAAGAUACAGACACACCAACAGAUAUUGUAGAAGAAAAGACAACUACUAUACCAACGGAUGAGGAUGUGACUGAUGCCUCAACAACACUUGAACAAGCGAUCGAUGACAAUGACUUUGUCGAUGUUGAUAUAGUUGAUCAUGUCCAAGAACAAGAAAAAGAACAAGAACAUAUUGUUGAAGAUCAUCAAACAAACGGUCGCGAUGUUACAGUUGAUACUGUGACAAAUGUUGUUGAUGAAGGAUCAGAUCAAAUCAAAGAUGUUGUUAAGGACGAUGAUGUAGACGAUGACUUUGGCGACUUUGGUGACAACAACAAUGGUGAAGAUGAUGACGAAGAUGGCUUUGGCGACUUUGAUGCUCACCUCAAUGCGAAAGAGAUGCUCAAUCAACAUCAAUGCUUUACCAAGUUUACAUCGAGCUCAACAAGCGGGCAUAUUCCAAGUCUAUCAACAUAUUGCGACAGAUCACUUGCUGGACAUGAUCCAGCUGAUGUAUCCACACCAUUCAAACUGAAAGCUUCAGUGAUCCAUGGAUGUUUCAGCGAAUCACUUCUUCAAAAGAGUAAACAAAGCCAUGUAUCAACAACAACAUCGACAUUGCUAAAUGGAAUAGAUUUGGCACCACCACCAUCACCUUCAUCUUCAUCCUCAACAUCAUCAACAACAUCAUCAUUCACCGAUCUGUCCGAUUGCCUGGACAGCAACGCGGCGCCACAAAGAAUAUUAAUGCACAUUGGCGACAAUAUCGAUAUCAAGUUGCUGCUUGGCGUUGAUAAUCAACGAGGCACACUACUUGCCAAUCAACUGAACGAUGUCAUCUCAAAGAUGCCUGACAUCUCUGUAAUAUACAAUACUCUACGUGGACAGCCUACCUAUCCCAAGACACCGACUCCACCAUUCAAGCUACGAUGA